AAAUAUACUUUUCAUACUCAAUCCAAUUAUCUUGUCGCGUGUUUUUUUUCUCUAUAUUCUUCCUGCAACAUCUAUGUUGAGCACUCUAACAUCACACUGAGCUUAUAUUCACAUAUACAUAAUAGUCUUUGGAAGUGUCGAUUCUCUUCUACGCAGCGUCUUCUAGAGUGAGUAUCCUUUUCACCGGCCAUUUGAUACUGUAUCCAUGGGGUCCCUUGGGAGGCUUCAGCCUAAUGGAGACGAACCAACUGCUUCAUUAUCUACCGAAUUGCAAUGGACCGAUAUAUCUUUAGAACCACCGAUACAUCCGGUUUUGGGUGAGUCAAGAUACCUGACACCACUUUGGGUUUCUGGGAAUAAAGACCAAAGGGAAGAGGUCAAUAAAUCUGAUUCAUGUGAUCAACCAAUGAACACAGGUUUUGAGCUAAGGACUAAGGUAUCUUUCUCAUAUCGUCAGAAAAUAGAGUAUAAGAUCAGAACAGUACUAAAGCUUUUAGCAUUCCGUGAGCAACACGUUCUUGUUCAGUUUUGGUCACCUUGUAUUGUUGGGAACAAACAACUUCUUAAAAGUCUACAUCAACCAUAUGGUAUUGGUGUAGUCAGUGAAGAACUCUGCUUUUAUAGGAGGGACUCUGAGAACAAUACAUUUCUUGUGAACAAGGGUCAUGAAGAAUAUAACCUUAGUCCUCCUGCUCGAGUAUUUAGUCGAGAAUUGCCAGAGUGGAGUUUGGAUCUAAUUCAUUACAAUCCAAAAGAUUUUCCACUACAAGAGUCUGCACUCCGUUGCAAUCUUCAUGGAUAUUUGGCUUUACCGGUGUUCGAUUCUACUACAGGGUUAUGUGUUGGUGUGAUUGAGCUAUUGACUUCCUUCACGUAUGUGGGUUAUGCUUUUGAGGUUCAACAAGUUCACAGGGCACUAAAGACGGAAAAUCUGACAAGCCCGCAAGCAUAUGAUAGUCCUACUUCAAAGGUUCCCAAUGAACGCCGACAAAACAAGUUGGAUAAAAUCUCAGGUAUUUUGAAAACUGUUUGUGACACCCAUAGCUUACCUCUUGCUCAAACGUGGGCUGUGUCCCCUACCAGUACUUUUGUCUCCCAUAACAAAGUUAUAGAGAAGACCUGUAGUAGUUUCGACUCUAGAUGCAUUGGGAAAGUAUGUAUGUCCACGACUUCUUUACCGUAUCAUGUUCGAGACUUGGACAAGUGGCAUUUCAGGGAAGCUUGUAAACAACAACACUUGGACAAAUUCCGUGGCUUUGUUGGGAGGGCGUUGUUAUCCCAUGGUUCAUGUUAUUGUCAAGACGUAACUGAACUAAGUGAAGAAGAGUAUCCUUUGGUCCACAAUGCACGCAUCAGCAGGUUAAGCAGCAGCUUUACAAUCUUCUUACAUAGUGUUGAAGGCGAUUAUGAUGAGUUUGUGCUGGAGUUUUUUCUACUGUUGGACAACGAAGAUGGAAGACUUGUACUGAACUUGGUGGAAACAUUGAAGCAUGAAGUUGAAGUCGCUUCAGCGUUUGAAUUGGGUGGAGUAUCACCUAUAGACGUUUUUGGACCACCUAGUGAUGUCAGUUAUCUGUCUUUGAGUAUAAAACCUCACACUAUCCAAAUCUCCUCAGCUACAUAUGAGAUGUAUUCAUGCGAUUCAGAGUCAUCUUUUGAUAACUUUGCUACGACCAGCAAGAAUCACCCAUUGAAACAGUACAAGGGUAAAAUAGACUCGGUGACAUCGAAGCGGUUUUGUUUGGAGGGUGGCUUUUCUAGCUUGCCAAUGCCACAACAGAAGCACUUGCAACAUUCUUCAAGCUCGUGCCUUGCUAUACGUGUCGCUGUUUUUGUGGUGUUAAAAGCUAAGCGGUGGAGUUGUUCAAGCAAAAAACAUAAGUUUUAUGGUAGGUGGUGGAGUUGUGGCAAGCAUAGAUAUCUUCCUUCCAAGUUAUCACAACCUGGUUUGUAUCACACAGGGAAACCAGAACAUAAUACAAAUAUUGUAAGCACAUAUUUAGAUGAUCAGAGACUCUCAUGUUCUGGUUUUGUCGAUGCUAACCCAAAGCCGAGUGUGAACAAUGUUUUGAAUAUGGGGUUGACGGUAAAGGCAAUGUUUAAAGAUGAUAUGAUAAAGUUCCACUUUCCUAUUUCAUCAGGAUUGUCGGAACUGGAAAACGAAGUGGCACGAAGGUUGAAUGUAAAGGGUAGAAGGCUGUGUCUAAAUUACAAAGGUGAAGGCAAUGAUUUGGUACCCAUUACUUGUGACGCGGAGUUGCAAACUCUUCCAGAAAUUUUGUCUGGUAAUACCAUAGUAAAAUUACUUGUACAGCUGGCUCAUGAUUAAUCUCUGUACUUCAUUUCCGCAAUGUAUCAUAACACCAUAUUAUGUUGAACAAUAUGUCAAUAUGGUAGCAGUCUGUGCAUAUGAAGUGUAAAAGGUUGUUAUAUCAUAACACUGCUUAAAUAAGUUGGGAAAUACCCAUGGAUCGAUGUAUUGUAUAUCCAUUGUAUCACUCUUUAAGGCAUUACAACUCAAUUACUCAACUA